AUGGCUAACUUCAAGACCUUCCUGUCAGCUAAGUCAUCCCGCCGGAGCCACGAUAACGAUUUGGCUGAAAACGACCACAGCAGUGGCGUGAAAAGCAACAUCAGUACAAAUAGAAGUAACAGCGCCCCUAAGAUGCGUCACAAGCGCGACGACUCCACGCGCCUUAUGGCUGGCUUCCAGAAGGUCUUCGGCUACCAUCGCCGUAACAACAGUGUCCCACCAAGCUCUGAUCUUUAUAUCCCAAGCAUGACUUCUACGCCUGCACCAGCUACAUCUAGCUCUACUUCCAAAAGACUCUACCGUUUCCAGUCGCCUAAGCAGAAGACGUAUGCUACCUCAACUCCUCCUUCACCUUCGACGGCGAACGAUACUACUAUGCUUUCAAGCAUGGUUCCUUCGAGCACUCUACCCACGAAACCUAUCACACCACCUACAAGCACGCAUUCUGAAACGCCGAUGCCCAACGAAAGGCAUGUCAGCAUUACCUCCGUUACAUCACGGACAAAGUCUGUGACCCAUCCUACUAGACCUGGCGUCGAUACUCAAGCGGACCUCGGCUUUCCAACCGACACCGACACGCCCGCCGACACUCGCCCGGUACUUCGAACAACUUCCCAGCCAGUGGCCGUCGAGUCGACUCACGACAGUCCCGAUGCCUACGCCGAUGAAUUAGAAGCCGCUUUGGCUGAUAGGCGAGCAGCAGAAAAGCUGCUGGCGCAGCGCCAUGCUGCCAUUAUGCCACGUGCGAAUACCAGCGAACGUCUAAAGCCUCUAGGAAUUGUUCUAAAGAAGAAAGGCACCGGGGAUGGUCAUAAUAUAGCUCGUCUCCCGAGUAGUCUCUCUCCGUCCACCCUCCGUCGAACCAGCCUAAGAACCGCAAACCAGGAAAUUGAGGCUCUACGUCGGCGCAAAGCUAUCAAAGAUCUCACCUUUUUUGCAGCAGAUGGCUGUCCUACUAAUAUCGACAUCAUGGAUCAGAUCAAUGCCCACUUUCAUCUUCAAGCCCGCCACGCUGAUGGCGAUAUACCUGAUGCCACCUUCAACGUCAACGGUAUAAGUAUCCGUGCGAGCGAAAUGCCCAAAGGUUCUGUUGAGCGUAACUGGAUCAUACGAUACAAUGCCGUGGUCAACAAUGCUGAGCUCGUCGAGCGUCGACUUAUGAACAGCGAGGAUCACGAGAUGAUCGUCGCACAGCUCUUCCCUGAGGACCGUAGACACAUACUGAAGCCAGAGCACUUUGAGAUCUUUAUGAAUGGCCUUGGUGAGGAAGGCAUCCUUACAAAAGCACAAGCCAAGUCCAUCACUACUAUCGCCGUAUCUUUAGAAGAGUUUGAGCAGGGUGUACAUUAUGUUCAAGACUCGAGAAACAAGCAUGCUCAUCGGCGCAAUACCACUGCAGCUGCCAUCUUCGACAUCCCUCGGCAGGCUAUCCGGGGUGUCUCAUCCUUUCCAUAUCGUCAGACGAACGGUGAUAGUCAGCAUGAGCUAUACCACUACCUUCGUAUCCUAGUCGAAGCCGCAGUCUACGAUCAGAAGUUUUGGAAAGGAUACUUCUUUCCCAAUGCUCGCAGCAGAUUCAACGACUUCUAUGAAGCUUACAAGAUCACGCAAGAGAAUUGGCUCCUCCCUCCGAACCUAACAGACUACAAGCGCGAGUGGACAUAUCGUGAAAUCCGCCUCUUAUACCGCGGCCAGCUCAUCUGCAACCUACUCAAACAAUACGAAGCUGGCGAGAUAACUGACUUUGGUAUUGUCCGCGCGAUUCGCGCAACCUUUGUCGGCAUCCCAGCACAGCCCUCCUGGUGCCCCGAAGACCUUGAAUCCUUCCUCUAUCAUCGAAUCAACGAAUCCGGUCUUGCUAUUUACAAGGUCCCGGAGAUACUCGCCUUGCAUCCAGAGCACGACACGACGUUUGCCAACUAUCGUCUUCGUCAGCACGUUAUCAAUGGGCUACGAGAGCGCGCUGAGCAAUUUGAAAAAGAAGAGGCGACACGGCUGAAGGAAAUUGAUAAGAGUUAUAUGACCUUCGAGCACGCUAAGAGGAAGGGAAUGACUAGAUGGGAGAGGAUGAAAGAAGGAUUGAAGAAAGCGUUUGGGAAGAAGCAGAUUGUGGUACCUUUCGACCCAUUUGCGCCAGAUCAUGCAUUCGGAGGGUAG